AUGUCGGCACCAACCAAUCCAAGAGUUUCUAAAAGGAAAUCCAGAUUACCUUUGAGUACUAAUUCUAAGAAGAAAAGGUCAAAUGGUGGAUCUAGUAACAUCGCUGAAGGAUCUAGUAGUUCUGUUGGUGGAUCUACAGUAGAUGAUGGUGGACUUCAUGUAUGCAGUCUCUCCCAAGAAGCCGAGGAUAGAAUUGUGGAUAAACUCUUUAAUAAACUUUCAAACCAUGGUCUUCUUCAAACUUUGGCAGUUGGUGAAGUGGUAUCCAAUCAACAAGCGGGGGCUAUAUCAUCUGAAGAUAUACCGUCUACCCUAUCUUCGGAUGGGAAUAUAUCAGGUACUUCUGAUUUGAGUAUUGGGAACAAUCCCUCUACUUCUAACCCUAUAUUUUCUUAUAAUCUGGGUAUAUCUGCCCAUGUGUCAGAUAAGCUCAAAUCCUGUAUUUGGCAGAAAGUUUUUGUAGAAUUUUCCUCGUUAUUGCCUGAAGGACCAUCUGAAGGAUUCAAUAUCGAUAUUGAAAACUCUGGAAAUGACAAACUUCUAAAGAUUGUUUCAAAACCUAAGUCAAAGGUGCUAAACAUAGAAAAUUGGCUCAAAUCAUUCCACAUUUUCAUGGAUAUAUAUUUGCAGAAAUAUCAAAAUUCGUAUUCGGGGCUUUUAGCCUAUUCUGCACUCAUACAGGAUUUGAGUAAAUCUUAUGGCCAAAAGGCAUUUUUAUUUUAUGAUUCAUCUUUUAGAAAUCACAUGCAGUCUCAGCCACUUCAGUGGGGAAUUAUGCAUUCUGAACUUUGGCUGCGUGCCACAACACUUUACGGAGCCCGUUCUCAAAAUAUCGAACCUCCAAAGCAAAAACGUAUGUGUUACGCCUUUAAUCAGAAAAACUGUUGUACGCGUACAAAAUGUACGUACAAUCAUCUCUGUCUGAAGUGUGGUGGCAAGCAUCCUCGUUUUAGGUGUUUUAGAACAGAUGUAUCUAAGAGUUUUAAUCAGGACGAUUCUGAACGAAUCCAAUCUUCGAAUAAUUCCUUUCGUGCCUCUCGCAAACAAAACACACAGCCACAGGCUACCAACGCCGAUAAAUCCUCAUAA